AUGAGUUCAUUGUUGCAAUCAUUUUCUUCAUCAUCAUCAUCAUCAUCAUCAUCAUCACCGAUAGUAAAAAGAUUACUUGCGUCAUCAUCAUCAACAACAACAACAACGACGACGAAUUUUAUUCAAAAAUUUAAUGAUCAUAAUAAUGAUAAAUGGUCGGAAAAGGCAGUAAAAUCAUUGGUAAAAAAAUUGAAAAAAACCGGCACAAUUGAUGAAUUGGAACGUGCCAUUUCUGAACAAAAUGUUAAUACAAAAUGUAUAACAAUACCAAGAUCGUUAGAUGGCCGUUUACAAGUAUCACAUCGUAAAGGUUUACCACAUGUUAUAUAUUGUCGUUUAUGGCGUUGGCCUGAUCUUAAAUCACAUCAAGAAUUACGAGCAAUUGAACAAUGUCAAUAUGCAUUUGCAUUGAAACGUGAUGAAGUAUGUAUCAAUCCUUAUCAUUAUCAACGUAUAAAGGCACCAGAAUUGCAACCAAUUUUUGUUCCACGUUUAUAUCCACCAUCAUCCUCAUCAUCAUCAUCGACAAUUUUUGAUCAUCAAUCUUCAUCAUCAUCAUUAUUAUUAUUAUCGAAUCAAACAAUUGAUUCGAAUGUAAUGUCAAUGAUUACAACGGUUGCACCGAAUAAUACAACAACAUUUGGUGGUACAACAAUAUUGAAUAAUAAUAAUAAUUUUCCAAAUCAAUUUUCAUCAUCAUCAUCAUCAUCACCAUUUUUUACACAACAAAUUCAAUCGGCAAAUUCACCACAAUCAAGUAUAUCAAGUGGUGGUAUUGGUUCACCCGGUGGUUCAUCAUCUGCUUCGAAUCAAUCAUCAUCAUUGUUAUUAUCACCACCAUCAUCGAUUAAUAAUAUAUCCUCAGAUUUUAUUACACAAGAAUCGAUUACGAAUACUACUACAACGACGACAACAUUGACAACAACUGUAACAACAACAACAACAACAACAACAGCAACUACGACGAAUACAACGACACAAACAAUUUUUGGAUCAUCAUCAUUAUUGAAAAGUGGCCUAGAAAUUAAUCAUAAUAACACCACCACCUUUAAUACUCCUAACAUUGGAAUGGUGGUUACUGAAGUAGCCUAUCAUCAUCAUUUAGCUUCCGCUAAUCAUCAUCAUCCCCAUCAUCCACAUCCUAAUCAUCCAACAUCACUACAUCCACAACAACAACAACAACAACAAAUACUAACACCACAACAACAUCAUCAUCAACAACAACAACAACAACAACAACAACAAUCAUUAUCGAUUGAACAAAAUCAUUUAUCAUCAUCAUCAUCACCAUUUUUUCAUCAUUCAAUCAAUAAUAAUAAUAAUCAUCAAUUAAUUCCAGCCACACCUGUUGGUGGUGUGGUUAGUGUUAUUGGUCAUUGUAAUAAUAAUAAUAGUACUAAUAACAGUGGAUUAGAAUUAAAUAGUGGCAUUUGUAGUGUUGUCAACGGUGUUGGUGGUGGUGGUGGGGGAGGGGCUGGAGGAAAUUUCGGUAGCAUAGAUGAAAUUGGUAGAACGAUUGCUACAACAAUUAGGAUUGAUGGUAUGACACCAACACCACCACAGCAACAACACAUUGGAACAUCAACAACAAGUGGCCCGACAACACCAUCAUCAUCAACAUCAUCAUCUUCACCGAAUAAUAUACAGAAUCAUUUACAACAUCAACAACGACAACAACAACCAGUGUCUUCAAUGAUAACCGAUGAUCCAUUAUCAACAACAACAACAACAACAUCGUCAUCAUCAUCAUCACCAUACCAACAGCAGCAACAUUCAUCACCAUCACCAUCAACAACAACAAAUACCGGUCAAACACAAACAACGGAUACAUCACAACAGCAGCCUCCACAACUUCCUCAACAACAGAAUCCUCAACGUUCACCAUCUGAAUAUCCUGCCAGUCAGCAAUCAACAACAAAUAUUCAUGAUACAUUCACAUUUACAUUCUCUUCUACUGCUUUUCCAGAAACACCACCGCCCGGUUACAUGAGCGAAGAUGGUGAUGGACAGAAUGAUGAACGUAUGGAAACAUCAUUGAUGUCAGCAACACCAAGUCCUGGUUGUUUAGAUGUACAACCAGUGACAUAUACGGAACCAGCAUAUUGGUGUUCCAUUUCAUAUUAUGAGCUCAAUACACGUGUUGGUGAAACAUUUCAUGCAUCACAGCCAUCAUUAACUGUGGAUGGUUUUACUGAUCCAUCAUCAUCGGAACGUUUUUGUCUUGGUCUUUUAUCCAAUAUAAAUCGUAUACCAACUGUUGAACAGACUAGACGCCAUAUUGGCCGUGGUGUACGUUUAUAUUAUAUUGGUGGUGAAGUGUUUGCCGAAUGUCUUAGUGAAAGUGCUAUAUUUGUUCAAAGUCCUAAUUGUAACCAAAGAUAUGGCUGGCAUCCAGCUACAGUCUGUAAAAUUCCUCCCGGUUGUAAUUUGAAAAUAUUCAAUAAUCAAGAAUUUGCCCAGCUAUUAGCACAGUCAGUAUCACAAGGUUUUGAAGCUGUUUAUCAAUUAACACGUAUGUGUACAAUACGUAUGAGUUUCGUAAAAGGAUGGGGUGCUGAAUAUCGCCGUCAAACGGUAACAAGUACACCAUGUUGGAUUGAAUUACAUUUAAAUGGACCAUUACAAUGGUUAGAUCGUGUAUUAACACAGAUGGGUUCACCACGUGUUCCAUGUAGUUCAAUGUCAUAAUAUGUUACUGAUUGAUUGAUUGAUUAAUCAUAAAAUGAUUUCAAUUUUAUUUUCUUCAGAUAAAUAAUAUAAUAAUAAUAAGAAUUGUGACCAAUUCAUCAACACAACACUCACAACACAUAUACACAUCUAUCUAAAAAAAAUGAAUGUUUUAUUCUUGCAAUGUGAAUACCUUGAAAUAAUGAUAAUGAUGAUGAUGAUGAUGAUAAUGAAAAUGACUUGAAAACACUUGAAAACACACACACACACACACACACUCACAACAGGCCCAAAAUUUAAAUUUUUCUUUUCUUCCUUUAAAAUGAUAUAAUCUAAUUUUGCUGUUGUUGUUGCUAAUAAUGAUGAUGAUUAUAAUGAUAAUCAAUUACAGUGAUCACAUGUCUCAUA